UCUUUCUUAAAAGUUUUGUUUAUUUAGAAACCCUUAUUGAAAGAGAGAGAGAAGAGCGAUAAUCCCAAGAUAGGCCCAAAAAAGGAUGAAGCUGAAAUCGAACUUGAAGCAGCUUAAGCUCUCCGUUCCAGCUCAACAAACCCCAAUCUCUUCCUUCUUGACUGCAAGUGGAACGUUUCACGAUGGAGAUUUUCUUUUAAACCAGAAGGGGCUAAAGCUGACGUCAGAUGAGAAGCAAUCAAGGCCUUCUGAUAGCAAAGAGCUUGAUUUCGAAAUCACUGCUGAAGACUUAGAGACUGUGAGAGUCAUCGGUAAAGGCAGCGGUGGAGUUGUACAAUUGGUUCGACACAAAUGGGUUGGCAAGUUAUUUGCUAUGAAGGUCAUACAGAUGAACAUACAAGAAGAAAUCCGCAAGCAAAUUGUCCAGGAGCUCAAAAUAAACCAAGCAUCGUCUCAGUGUCCACAUGUUGUUGUCUGUUACCAUUCUUUCUAUCACAACGGUGCAUUUUCCCUUGUGCUCGAAUACAUGGACCGUGGAUCUCUUGUCGAUGUGAUUAGACAAGUGAAGACUAUUCUCGAGCCUUACCUUGCUGUUGUCUGUAAACAGGUUUUGCAGGGCCUUGUGUACCUCCACAACGAAAGACAUGUCAUACACAGAGACAUUAAACCAUCAAACCUUCUUGUGAACCAUAAAGGAGAAGUGAAAAUCUCUGAUUUUGGUGUCAGUGCAAGUCUUGCUAGCUCCAUCGGACAGAGAGACACGUUCGUUGGAACCUACAACUAUAUGUCGCCUGAGAGGAUCAGUGGAAGCACAUACGACUACAGCAGCGACAUUUGGAGUUUGGGGAUGUCAGUGUUAGAAUGUGCAAUAGGAAGAUUCCCAUACUUGGAAUCUGAAGAUCAGCAAAACCCGCCCAGCUUUUAUGAGCUUUUGGCAGCAAUCGUGGAGAGUCCACCACCAACUGCUCCUUCUGAUCAGUUCUCACCUGAAUUCUGCUCCUUUGUAUCAGCCUGCUUACAAAAGGAUCCUCCAGCAAGAGCAUCGUCAUUGGACCUAUUGAGUCACCCAUUCAUAAAAAAGUUUGAGGACAUGGAUAUUGAUCUCGGGAUACUUGUUGGCACUCUGGAACCACCUGUUAACUGCCUUAGAUAAGCAAGUCCUCUUUUCUUCUUCUGCAUUUGGUGUAUGAUAUGGUGUAAGAUACAUGAUGUGAAAUGUGUCCGAGUCUGCGGAAAGAUUAUUAUUACUUAAUGAACAAAUAUCGAAUGAGAUUUUAUUAUU